GUUUUGAUUGCCUUAACGUUCAUUCCGUUGGGUGGUUGUGUGUUCGGCCUUUUUUACGAUUUUCCUCCUCGGGCUGAAUCUGGAUCCGGAGCGAUCAUCACGAGCAAACAGAGCGCAAGGGGCAGAACGCGCCUCUCCGGUUAAUCAAUGAAUUCACUCUCGCGCGGCUGCAAUCGGGGCAUGGCCGCAGCCCCAUCAUAUGACAAGAGCGAAACCGAUCGUUCUCUCUGGGCCGAAACCCGAGCCGGUAUGCUCUCUCUCUCUUUCUCUCUCGCUCUUUCAGACUGGCGAAUUGUGAUCAGCGCGACGACGGUGGCCACGAAAAUCUCCCGGACCCCUCUAAUUCAUAAUAAAUUUAGUUCUUGUUUUAGUUAGUUACCGUCUCUCCGACUGAAGUGAACGUAUUUCUUUCGCGCGGUGCGCCUCCGUUCGCGCGUCCGUUUUCUACUCACUUUCCGGAUAUCCUGCUGUUGUUAUUAUUAUUCUUAUUAAUAUUAUUAUUAUUGUUACGAUUAAUAAUCUUAUUUCUAUUAUUGCUGUUUUUCUUGUGUUAUUACGGUCGUUCUUCACCAUUCGCCAGCCGGUGCGAGGUGAUCUGGUCGUCGGUGUUCGUUAAGUAAGAAAGCAAGCAACAACAACAGUAGCAGCAGUUGCAGAAACAAAAAAAAAAAAAAAAGAAAACAGUGAUCACCAUAGAGUGAUUCCACGUGUGCGCGCCCCUGUUCGCCUGAUUGUCGUCUGUAGCGGGCUCCUGUGGUAAGGUGCGAUACACACAGAGUGGUUGAGAGACACACGGGGAUUGUGAAAGGUGGUGAAAUAUUAGCCCACGGACAAUUCCCCCGCGGUGGGGUAGUGUUUCGCAAGCAAAAGUCGCCGCCGUCGUCGUCGUAGUCGAAUAGUCGUUCUCAAGUGCGGAAUGUAAUUGAGCGGUUCGCGCGGGUACACACGCACACGCACACAUACACAUCGUUUGGUUUUUUUCUUCUUCUUCCUUCAAUCACUUGUGCUGCUCUGACCGCUGCCGCUGUAUGCGCAUCGAUAGCUCGCCCAUCGUCGUCGUGUCGGUCGGUGGUGGCCGUAGAUUUUGGGCAAUUGUGGGCCUUGAGAAGCGAUGAUUUUUUCGCGAAUUUUCGCGAAUCCGCUUUGGUCCGGUAUCAGAAGAGUGCUACAUGCGUAAAUGGUGGUGGCCAAUGCCACGAAGUAUGAGCGUGAUAAGUGAGCACGGAAUUCAGAAGAAGUGAAAGCAUGAAUCGUUGGAAGAUACGCACAUACAGCAGGCAGACAGGCCAUGCCAAGAGUAGCCGGUCUAUGGUCCGGUCUCGGUGUGUAUGCGUGUGUGUGUGUGAUGGGGCAAGGGGACCGGCAGGCAAAUUUCUGAUCGAAUCAGAAAGCCACGGCAGCGAAUGAUUGAGCAGCAGCCGCCAUUAAUCCAAUUUAACAAUAACAUCAUAAUCAAGCUGUUGGAAUCCGUGAAAGGAAUUCCGCUAUCUGGUAAUGGAAACAGUGGUGACAUAGCAUUUUAAACCUUUAAAAACAAUAUAAAUCGACGUGUUUGUGAGUGUUUUGAGAAGAAAAAGAAUAAAAACUCGUAAUGGUUAAAAGAGAAUUAAUACAACUGAAGUGUUGCUGUCAGUUCUGUUUGAUGACCAAUCUUGGCAGCAAACUGGUCAAUAUUGAUUUCUAAGAAGUGUACAAGAAGAACGUAUGCAUUAUCGAAGCGUAAUGUGAGUGUGUUUAUGUGUUUGGUGAAAACCGAAGUGCUAAAAGUUGCAUAAUAUAUAAAAGCUGUAGAGCGUAAGCGUCCGGUUCUGCAGGACCAAAAAAGUGGUUUGCAAAUUGCAUACAGCCGACUUAUCUGCGAAUCGGAAUUUCAUUUCGAAGCUGUCAUCGGAAACCCGCAGAAAAUUGUGUUCCCUACCGCCGCACCACUCCUCGAGAAUAGUCCUUUGGUGUCGGUGCUCAAUUGACGAAGAAAAAUCCAAGCGGAAGAAAUAUUAGUGCAUGCGGUAGUUUGUGCGGUCCGGCAAAGAAAGUGCUAUUACGUGAUCAGGGUUAAUAAAUUGGAAGCUGAAUAUCCAAGGAAAACCAAAUCAAGUGAAGGUCCCGGCAGGCACAAGAGUGGCCUAAUUGGUUUCCCGCCCCCUCCCGCAUCCGCCCUCUUGGGGCAGCGUGGUGUGUGCGUGUGUGUGUGUGUGUUGGUGCAUGGUUUCCCGGGAGCUUUCUUCGGGUGGUCAAAACGAAAAACGAAAGUGGCAGUAAAAUUUUAUCACCGAACGACGACGGUCAACUGCUUUGCGGAGUUCACCUGGCCACCAGGACACGCGCGUGGUUCUCGACCGUGCCUCGAAUCGGCGGUCCCCUUUUCGAUUAUAUCAUUUUAACAUCACACCAUCAAGACGUCUUCGGAAAAACCACCCUUCCGGUCACGUUGCAACAGUUCUCAUGGGCCACCGUGGCGGAAAAUUGCCGCCGCGAUGUCCACACUCACUAGCAACGCUAACACCAACAACAAUAACAACAAUCUUAUCAUUGCCGCAUCCUCACAAAUCACAACAGGAACCUCAUCCGGUAGCAACAUUAAUAACAACAAUAACAACAACAACAACAACAAUAACACCAUCAACAACAACAACCACCACCAUCACCUGGGAACGCAACCAUUUGGCACAACGACGUCGUCCCAUCACCAGCAGAGUGCGCUCGCGUCCGGUGUCAGCAGCGCCAAACGAUUACUUCCGUUCACUCGCAGCAUGUCAUCCUCAUCGAACGGGGGUGGUGGUGGGGGCGCCGGUGCAGGCCCAAGUGGCAGCUUCGGUAUCGGCGGAUUGGCAACGGGGGCUGGAGCGGCCACCGGUGGACCCUCGGCUCCCACCAGUGCACUGUCCGCUUUGAUCCCCCCGGAACUGAAUGUGGUCCUCCACGGUAGCCACCGGAAGCUGAAGACCAACAGGAAGAAGUACUUUGUGGUGUACGGGGACACGACAGAGAAAAGUGCCCGGUUGGAGUAUUUUGACAAUGAGAAAAAAUUUAAACAGUCUUGGCUGAAAAGCAAUUCGGUGCAGGCCAAGCGAAGCAUAGUGUUGCGAAGUUGUUUCAAUAUCAACAAACGGCAUGACACGAAGAAGCAUGUGAUUGCGCUGUACACCAAGGAUGACUGUUUCUGUAUAGUGUUUGACAGUGAGGAGGAGCUGAACCGGUGGCUGCGCACGCUGCUGUCCCUGCAGCGCGGCGAGGAGUCGGAGGGUGAACCCCCGCGACCUACUUUCGAACACGUUUGGGAUGUGUUUGUUCAACGCAAAGGAUUGGGCGACAGCUACGGAAUACUUGGUAACUAUCGGUUGUGCAUCACGGACAAAACACUGUCAUUGGUGCGGAUAGGACCCCCAACCACAGCCACCGGAGACAGCCGCGUCGAAGUUGUCGAGUUUUCACUGGCAUGGAUACGAAGAUGCGGUGCAUCGCAGCGCUACUUCUACCUGGAGGUUGGCCGAGGUUCGAAAACCGGAGCCGGCGAAAUAUGGAUGGAAGCACAGGAUGCCGUGAUAGCCCACAACAUGAACACAACGAUUAUGAAAUCCGCCAAGAGCAAGGAUGGUGACAGUCUGGAUCCGGUCCUGCGGGAUCGUUCCUUGUCGGCCAAUGCAGCCUCGAAGCCGACGCAGAUUCUUGUGCGCCGCCCAACGCAUACCGGUCAGAAACCGAUCAACUGUUCGCCCUCUGGUGAAGAUAAAAGCUCUUCACAUGCAUCUUACGCACAGGGUUCCGAAUCCUCCUCGUCGGCUACUAGCACUAAUACAGUAGUUAUGGUCCCACAAUAUCCAAAUUCCAGUCAAAAUUCGAGAGUCAAUCAAUACCAUCAAAUGAAUUCGGACAAGCUAUGCGCAUCUACCACCUCUAUCCCAGCCAGUACGUGCCAUCCGACUACCGGAGGAGGUCCCACGUUUGGUAGUCCUCCCGGCGGCCCCACACCCGGAUCACCUCGUUCGUCCUAUCCAUCCCCCACACUGUCGUACUGUAAAACCUCCAUCAAAAAACCCAAAUUGGAUCCUCCCCAGGAGGAGGAGGGCAGUGCUUCGUCCUACUCCUCAUACACUUCCAUCCAACAACCACCGCUGGCCAGGGUCAGUCCUCAACCCGCACAGCUAACCCAGUACACUGGAGCUCCUGUUGGUGUUGGUGUUGUUGGCACGCCAUCAUCCGUCAGCACUACCAGUGUGUGUAGCGGCAGCACCACCACAACCACUGAGUUUCCGUCUCCGAAUGAUCAUGUUACAUCCGCAGUGAUAUUCCAUCAAAGAGCUUUAUCAUUACCAAGCGCCACCCCCAUGCUAAGCCAUUCUCCCCACAGUAACUCGACCUCCCAUCACAUGGCGGCGCAAAAGUCCUCCCAGAGCGUUCUAGGCACCAGUAGUAGCAAUGUUAGUAGUAAUCCCAGCACGAACGGCAAACCCGGCGGCGGAGGUGGUGGGGGGUUCUACGGUAAGAAUGCAACCGGGGGGAUCCUGGUCAGCUCGUUGCAGCCGGUUCACCAGCGGACCCGAUCGUUGCCACUGACGGAGGAAAGUGCAAUACGCGUCACAAACAACGGGCCGCCUCAUCAUCACCAGUAUUUACCGGGCGCCAAUCGCAAACAUCAGCAAUUGUCCAACUUAUCGAUGGCAUCGCUUAAGUGCACCUGUCUGGCCGGACUGCCCGCCGUUGUCGUUGGGAACAGCAGCAGGACAAGCCACUAUAAUUUAUGCCCCCUACACGGUUCUGGCAGCAAUACGACAACAAUAUCGACUUCUGUCUCGGCGUCGUCCACUCAGCAGGACUAUGAAAAUAUGAAUAAAUCAUGCUCCUAUCUGCCAUCCAUGUCCCCCCCGACGGGCCAGCUGGGUGACAACCAGCAUUACUACAGCAAUCACUCAUUCGAAGGUAGUACCGAUACUAAUCCUCCCAACCCGGCAAUCGCCAUCCCGUCACGCAGUUCAAUGGAGAGCAUUAUCGAAGAUCAAAAAUACCUUCCGAUGGACAUGAAGAAGCCUCUUCCUCCUACCAACCACGGCAGCAACCAGCAGCAACAGCCAGAAACGGAGGAGUCCAGAAAUCAAACGCCGAAUCUUCAGUUCAUUAGCCGAUUGCUGCGGAGCACCAACAUCCAAACGAUUAAUAAUAACAGCAAACUGGUCGCAUUGAAAAUGGCCACCGCAAACAUCGCACCCACAAUCACUAGUAAUAGUAGUAGUAGUAGUGGUAGUGGUAAUUGUAGUAGCUCUUGCACCAAUAGCCAAAACACAACCGCGGCCUGUAGUGGAAGCUGCAACUAUACAUACUGCGGUAGUACCGGUGCCCCGUUGCCGUUGGUUAAUUCCCCCGGUUCGCCUCCGACCACGCUGCGUCCCCGUAGUGGUCGCAAUGGCGCCAACUCGAGGCGAAGCGUCGCCAUAUCCCGGGAACGCUGCGACAGUCUCCCGUCACGCAACCGAACGACCAGCGAAACCAGCACACACCAGCAGCAGGUGAUCGUAAACAGUGGCGUGAUGCCACCCCCUAGGACGAUCCCGUCGGCUAGCUUCAACCGACCGCAAUCGAUGGUGGUCAGCCGACAGAGUAACAGUCAUAGUCCUCCGGUGCAUUCUUCUCCGCUCAGUCCACCGUCCACCGGUGCAUGUUCUACCGGAAGCGACGGAUCCUCGCUCAGCAUCGACGAAACGGACAGUUUCGUCGGUUCACUUACACCGGACGAGGGGAAUGGGUUUUCCAAGGUCAUUAAUGCUCCUCGCUCGGGUUGCUCGAUCCCAGAGGAGAACUCCGACGAGUACAUUCACAACUACGGCAGAAUCAACCAGAGGCAAUUUACGCAAUAUCGGUCAAUGGACGAGUUCGGUAGUCAUCCAAGGCAUAGUAAUAACUCACUAUCGCUUCCAAUAUCUCAGGCGAUCAGAAGAGGCAGUCCAGCACCGUCCGGCAACGUGGCGGGUUCCAUCGACGGCAGUGGCAGCAACUACAUGGACAUGUACAGCCCGUGUGGUAGCUCACCGGGCGAUCCUUCCGGCAACGGUGGCUACAUACCGAUGUCUCCAGUUGCGGACUUCCCACGAAGCUCGUACAUGGGCAGUUCCAGUGCACAUUCGCGUGCCUCCAGUUUGGCGGAAGACACCGUCGACGGUUACGUUCCUAUGGCUGCUCCAAACCACACCGAAGAAUACGUGGAUAUGGAUCCGUCUCACAACAGCAGUAGCAGCCGAACGAUGGCCGUUCCAACGGUCACUACGGCUGGCGGCACAGGUAACAUUAGUUCGGCGGCUUCCAGCUGCAGUAUCACAUCCGGAACCCCUUCGACCGACAUGCGCUUCUCGGAGUAUCACUUGGAAAAAGUGGUGGCUCGGUUCACCCCCAGUGAAGACGACGAAGUUGAUCGGCCCCUGCGUACCUACUCGGUGGGAAGUCGACUGGAGCACAACAAAAGAAAACUGCGUGUUGAUAUGUUGAGUUCAGAAGCGACCACGAAUUCUAGGGCUCGCGCCUUCUCGGUUGGAUCUCGAGCAAAAGUGCCCCGGUCAGAGUUGUACAAGGGUGCUCCGAUCACUGCCCCGUUACUAUCAACAGGUAGCUCCGGUAGUAUGCAGGAGAGCAGUAGCAAUACUGGAAGCAUUACCAAUUCUGCUAUCGGUAUCGAUGUGGCUUCAUCGAACCUGAGUCCUAGUGUGAGUGGCGUUAAGACGGGUAAAAAAUCUUCCAGCGCUCCGGUACUAGCCAUCAAACCGCAUGGAUCUUUCGAUCCGAUGGAAAACCUGAUGGAGAUUGAUUAUGGAACACAUUGCCACGGUGAUCAAGACGUAAGCCAUAUGACACCCCUGAAGUCAUUGGAAGCCGAUGACUAUAUGGAGAUGACCCCUGGAAGCGGUAUUCACAAUGCGGGUUAUGUUGAAAUGAAACCUGGUCAUAUAAUAUCGUCGGGAAACGCAAGUAUAGUCGAAGACAGUGACUAUCUCGAUAUGAGACCGGGUGCGGGACCCGAAACGAAUCUGUCAACGAAAAGCACAAGCUCACCUAUACAGAUAAACUCGCCGAAAAAAUUUAACGGUGGCGGUAGCAGUAACAACAACAACAACAAUAACAACAACUAUCUCGAGAUGUCCUCUCGAUCAAUGGGAACAUCUUCGUCGUCUUCCUCAUCAGCAACGCACCGUAGAACAAAAGUACCUUCGGAAGAUUACCUGAACAUGAGUCCCUUAAUGAUGAGUGGGGCUGGAGGCGGCGGAGGAGACAGCGGCAACGAAGAUAAAAUGACGCACGAAGAAGACGAAAUUGUGGCCCCUAGCAGUGCACCCGAGGGCUAUAUGGAAAUGUCGUGGAAUCAGGGCAAAUCCAAUCUGAAGGUGGAAAACAAAAAACCCGCUUCCGAUGAAUACAUUAACAUGGAUUUCACCCGUCGAGAGGUAGGUGGAUCUUUGCUAGGAGCAGAAUCCCGACUGAGUUCGCAGCCCAUUGCAAUUCAACCGGGUAAUGGGAGUCGGGCAUCUUCGGGAGACCUUUUGGAACCAAAUAUGGGCGGAGUUCCGUCGAAUAUUCCAAACUAUCUUCCUCUAAAUCCAGCCGUGGCGCAGCGUCAUUUGGUAGCUGCGCAAAUUGGAUUUAGUCCGAAACAGAAUAAUUCCCGACCGAGGUGUGAUUCAAGAGACAGUGGAAUCGUGACACCCUCCGGUAGUCAGGCGACGAUCUUUCCGUUUAGUCCUGGAAGUCCUAUCAAAUCGUUUACCGUCACUUCCGAACACAGUGCUGACGAACGAAAGUGCUUCAUGGACGGGACGACCGGUACAUUGCGGAUUAGUGAGAUGGAAGAGGAGAGCAAUGAGUUCCUGGUUGCAGAUAAGCAACAACCGCAACAGUCAAAAGAUCCAGAAAGCAGUAAGUUAGAGGAUCUAAGCCAUAACUAUGCGGAGUUGAGUAUUGGUCAACAACAACAACAACAGCAACAGCAGCAAAUACCUGAGAAAACUCGACCAAGUUCCUUUAGCAGUACCAAACGAACAAACCUUAGUUUGAUUCUAACGACGUCUACUAAUACCAGAACGACGGCCACAGUCACGACAAUGAGGUCGACUACGGAGUAUCCAGAUUACGUCAAUUGCAGUCCCAUCGCAACACCUGUGACUCCGAAGCCAGCAACUCCAAUGGCUCUAGACGACCAAGCUGGUGAUUACGCUAUAAUGAACCCCGCAAGUUUGAGGAAACUCUCAAGUACUUCGCAGACGGAACUCACCUCGACUGAUGUCGGUCUUCCACCUUUAACCAGAAAAUCAAACCUAAUCGGUUUCAGACCGAUUACCUCAAGUCAAGAUGAAGCACUGCUUAAAAAAUGCACGGGAACUUCUCCGAAACCAGUGUUCUACCGGCAACACUCGGAACGUCGCGCCGGGCCCUCGGGAUCCGAGAUUUCGAAUUUUGAAAUGCAUCACCGCACUAGCAACUCACGCCCGAACAGCGUCAACAGUGAAAAAAUAAGCAGCAAAUGUCUACCAUCAUCGGCCGGAUCAACGCGUCCGAACUCGGCCAACAGCGACAGACUUCCUACCAUAUCUGCUACCUCAUCAUCCGCUUCCUCUACAUCAACGCUGUGUGAAAGCAAAAACCAGAGUCCAACCGCAUCGAAUGCCAUGCUUGCUGGUGUUGGUGCCAUGACAGCUUCCACUGUGCGACCGGAAUCUGUUGCCUCGCACUCGGAUUCGCACAUCAUCUCACGGCCUCCGUCGGUCAGUUCGGAGCGUGAACUACACUACGCAAGUCUUGAUCUUCCACCGUGUAGCACAAAUCCUACCGCUGCAUCGGUUGCAGCUAUGAAUCGAAUGGAAGUGGAUUCCGAAGCUGGUGUAGCUUCGUCGGCUCCGGGUCGCCAUGGGGGAUCUGAAUCGCUGAACUCUAGCCCUAGUCCAAACUCCGGAUGUACCUCGCAACAACAGACUGGUUCUGCCUUCACCUAUGCUCAAAUCGAUUUUGUCCGCUCGAUUGCGCAGGCACAACAACAGCAACAACAACAACAACAACAGCAGCAGCAGUCGUCAACCAAGAGUGGCCAACAGUAAAUGUAAGAGAGCACAUCGCGACAUUCACACAGGUACAAUGAUACUGCCAAUCCGAAACAACAGAGAGCCCCUCCUUUGAAUGUAAGUAUAGCAGUUAAGUUCUGUGCCCCUCCAACGAUGAGCAAGAAGAAAAAAAAACGAUGUAAAUAUAAACACACACCCAUAAACAAACACAUACACAAAGUAGGCACCGAGUGCUCGGUGAACGGACACCCAACUUUCGGAUUAGGGAAGUUCAUUGUUACCUUAGUUUCGUUAUGUGUCGAAGCACCUGUCUGUGGCGUUUGGACCGCAAAAGACGCCGUAACCCCCAAGCCGUAAUGUCAAAAAGGGUCUUGCGUUUAUUCUCCGGCAUUUUCCUUCGCUAGAGAACCAAACAAGAGAAACAACCUCUCUGUUUUAAGUUAGUUGGUAAGCAUGUAAACGGAUAAAAGAAAGAAAAAAUAUUCCAAAAAUAGUGUAAUACAAAACAAAGCCCAACACAAAACGAAACGAAAACAGAAACAGAAGAAACCUUGAGAUAUAAUAUGAAAAUUCAAAUGCCAAAAUAAGCUUUACUUGAUUUUCUUGUUCUUUUUUUUCUUUCGUUUACUUUCAUCAGAUGAUAAGAAUGGGAAAAUUAGUUACACACGACUAUUUAUUAAGAAACACACACACACAUACACUUGAAGAUAAAACAAGCCUAGUGAGUAAGUAAAUUAAUUGCAGAAGGUAAGCAGUAAGUUUAGUCUAAAUAUAGAAAGGGAAAAAAACAACUAUAGAAAACUUUAUUUUUUAUUAUGAAAAAUCAACUUUUUAGCCCGUAAGAGGAUAGAUUUAGUCGGAAAAGUAUAACUUAUACAUAUUUAAGUUUAAGGGAAAAAUAAGAAAUGAAAUGAAAAAUAUCUACUAUAUAUACUAAUGUAAGCAAAAAAACAGUAGCAAGAUAGGGUCAAAACCUCUAAACUAUUCAUAUUCAUAUAUACACAGAAAAUGCAGAAAUACAUCAAAAUAUGCAAAACACAUAUAAAAAAAACAAUAUCUGCGAAUCGUUGAAACAGAAGAUCGAAAAAUAAGCUAAAGGAAUCAACUCUAGGGAUACGUUUAAGUAUAGAGCCGAAACGAUCCUGCGUGUAGCUCGCAAAACAAUAACCCCUCGCGUGAGAAAAAAUUAGAAGUAAAGUCUGUAUUUUUAUGUACAUUUAUACCAUACUGCUCUGGCGAAUAUGGAAGAAGAAGAAAAAAAACGAUGCGCAAACUACUGUGGGACUUGCCGAUGGUUCCGGACAAACAAACAAACAAACAAAAACCACGGUCAGCAGACGGUGUUUUAAAAAUUCGAGUGAAAAUCGUAAGGCUGGAAUGGCAAUAUUUUUUUCGUUUUUUUACAUUUAAUGGGAGUUUUGUUUCCGCCAAGUUAACCCCUACUUUGUAGUCAUACGACGAUUUUGAUUUGCUAUACCAGAUUAUGUAAGUGUGUAUUCGUUCUUUUCAAUAAUUUGUUUGUCGCACGGUUAAAUCGGCUAUGGAGAAAGAGUCAUUCCAAAAGCCACCUAGACCAAAAGGGGCUCCGUUUAUAAUACUGUUUUGACCUCAAAGCAGCAGUGAUUCCCAAAGUGGUCCGCACCUCCUACCACUGGGUGAUAACAUUCGAAUCAUAAUUGAGCGGGGAGACAUGUUCAAAGAAUGGUAAUUAUUUUUUGCGAAGAAAACAAAAUGAAUGGAACGUGCUACAAAAAAAAUGGAUUGUAAAUCAAAGGAUUGUCCUUUUGUUAUGCGUGACCGUAGUCCCGGGUUGGCGGUUCAAUGCAUAGAACGCUGGUCUUACAAGCCAGUUGUCGUAUGUUCGAGCCCCGACCUGGAAGGAUUCUUAGUGUCAGUAGGAUCCAUAGUACUAGCCAUGCAAUGAUUCUGUACACUAAGAAUCGGCUGCGAAGUCUGUUGAAACAGAAAGGCCAAAUUCCACCAAAGGAAUAGAAUGCCAAGACUUUGCUUUGACCGAAGUUUGAAUUUUAAUUACUAUUUUCGUAGACAUUUUCUGUUCCAUCCUAGGAAAAUUUUUACGUUUUCCGAUUAUUGUUUCAUGGUUUUACACCAGGUAAUUAGCUGAUUUAAAAAAUCCGGUGUUUAUUUGAAAGCUCUUAAUUAUGCACGAUUGUUUUAUUGAUUUGUGUAAAUUAAAAUAUUUUACAUUCUCCUAGAAUCCUGGAGAGUAUUCAAACUCAGCUUUUUUAUUGAGGAAAAUCAUUAUAUUAGUGGUUUUUCAAACUUAUCAGCAAUUCAUCAAUGAGAUAUUCAUGGACUUUCGAUUUCGAUAUGCAAAAUUUGCAGUUUUGGUGACUGAAUUUUGUACAGUUCAAGAUUUUUAAGGCUAAAUCGAGUCGGUUUGUCUUCGAUAUUCUAUUCGUUGGUGGAGAGGAAGUAUCUCAUCCAGCGAGGCUUGGCUCACUCAUUUGUCAUCGCAGUUUUUGCUUUCGUCAUUGGAGUUUUGCUACCUCAUGAUUAACCGGUUUGUGCAAAGUGCUUAUCAUUAUUUUACUUACUUUUACGUUUCGUCUUGGACUCGUCAGUAGCUGUUCAUGUUGAAACACCGCUAACGCCAAAGUGCGGUUUCACAUGAACUACGAAGCAGACGUAAAGUUAUUGCUAUUUUCAACUAUUCAAUUUUUACACAUUGCGGAGCAAACAAUAAGUGUGUUGCAAAUAGCAAUAACUUUACGUCUGCUUAGUAGUUUAUGUUAAACUCCUCUUUGGCGUUAGCAGUGUUUCAACAUAAACAGCUACUGACGAGUCUAAGACGAAACGUAAAAGUAAGUAAAAUAAUGAUGAGCAGUUUGCACAAACCAGUUAAUCGUGAGGUAGCAAAACUCCAAUGACGAAUUAAAAAACUGCGAUGACAAAUAAAUGGACGAAGGCGCGAUUAGCGAACCAGUGAAUGUUGAACCACAGAUAACAAAUAUACAGGCUCACAUAUGAACUGUGUGUGAAAUGUUUCUCAAUCAAAAUCGUGUGAAAUGUUUUUUCGAAUAUGUUUUCGUCUGAUAUUUUUUGUUAGUGUCAUUGUUAUCCCUGAGAAACGUACCUUGUUGUAGUAUUUUAGUGUUGGCAUUUUUUGUCACUGAAGUGCUGGAAUUGCUUGAAACUAGGUAGAAGUUAUUUUCUCUGAUUACUCGCAAAGGUUGCCGAAGUGGGUAGGUUUUUGACAGUGCUAUUUUCGACCAAUUACCUCUUCAAGCGCAUACGUAAUACACGAAUGCCUUCG